CAUCUUUGCCUGCAUUUUUAUUUUCCGAGUACGAUACAGAUUCUUCCUCGCCGUGGCCUCCUUUCCUGUCGUUCCUUCGGCAACUUCGUCGCGGUGCUGUCGCGCUGUGUGUGUAUGUGUGCGCGCACGAGUGUGCGUGCGUGCGUGACGUCUUCGGGGCAAACAGCGAGUGACUCCUCCUCUCCAGCGUCUCCGUAGCUGCGACGGCACUCAUCGUUCCGCUCUGUCGCCGCAUUUGCCAUAUCAUCGUUGGCGGUCGCGCCACCCUUGGCUGAGCCGGCCCAGAAGUGUGUGCGUGCGCCCACCGGUGCGCUCCGAUUUCGGUGUGCCGCGUUCGUUCUUUGGAACAGAACGACGCAGGACGUGGUCGUGUGCGACCGCCCCUACCUCUUACGACGUUACCGAUCGCCGUGUGUCGCAUCCGCUAACUGGAGCGUCCUCCUGCGACUGCCUCUAGACAGCGCGAACCAGCGGUUCUUGUCCCCUGCCCGGACGCUAAGUUCUUCUUAGACGGACUGGGUGCACAUAAAUGGGAUGCCUUUCUGGAAUUACAUCGGGCUGUCUUUCCUGGCACUUAUCCUGCUGUCGGGGAGACUCUAUGAAGCGAGCAAGGAGAUCGCCUUCCUGCGCGUGGUGCUGGCAGCAUGGAUGCCCUCCGAGUCGGACUUAUUGCUGGGAAGCGCCGACGACCACAAGAGUCUCGUGCUGGACCGAACACGACAAACACUGACGAACCUCAAGGGCGACCUCGAAGCCUUCUUGCUGGAACUGACAUCGGCGCGGACAACGCUUGCCCUGAGCGUUGUGUUCGUGAUCAUCUACAUUCUCAGCUGGUGGUGGAUGGCGUUCGCCCUCAAGCAGGCCAAGGACGACGGUAGCGUAUCCUUGCGGACGGUGCUGCUUCUGUCCGUGUUUGCAGCCGUGGAUAUCGCUGCAAGCACCGGCUUCGUCCUACUACGGAUUAUUAUGUACGUCAUGCGAGACCGUCUAUACCCCAUGACGAUGCGAACACCAUACAUCACUGAAGCGGACCAAUUCGCUGCCUUCACAGCGCUGCGACUGGCGACGCUAAAGUCAAGCUGCGGGACCACGGACGUUCUCGUGUCCAUCGUUGUGGGCUUCCUGACCGGGCUACGGAUAUACAGCGUGGCCUGUGUCAUCUCAUUCUACAAGAAAGCGAAGAACGGUGGCCUGAGCGCCUUUCGCAAAGAAUUGUCCAACAACGCGGACUACUUUUCCGAGAGGCUGGAGCGGCUGAAGGACGUCGAGGACUACGUGCCUAAGCCUAUGAUAGCGCCUAUGCAAAACGGACGCCACAAGUCCUCGUUCUACGUGAGCAGUCGCCCCGCGGGCGGAGGCGGCUCCGAACGUGGAGGCAUCCUCGGCGCCGGCGUCGCCGGCGCGCGCCUGACGUGCGUCACGCCCACCGCGUCCACGAUAUGCGGCGGCGAGGAGAACCCCGAGGUGAAAAUCCAGGCGGCGGACAUGCCGCAGGAGAUGCAGCGCGCCGCCGUCGAGUCUGCCACGCAGGCCGUUAAGCUGUACUCGACCGAAAAGCACGUGGCCGAGAGCAUCAAGCAGGACUUCGACCAAAUGUUCCAGCCGACGUGGCACUGCGUGGUUGGGCGCAACUGGGGAAGCUGCGUCACCCACUCCAAGCAGUGCUACGUGCGAAUGGCCUACCGGGACAUGACUAUCCUACUCUAUCGCUCUAUCUGAGCAUUCGUGGGUCGAGCACCGAGCCUGCGGGAUACAAAGGCGCCUGCGAUGAUUUUUCGGGACGGACUCUCCGGCUAGCUCGUAACGGCUCUGGGAGCAUGUCUUGGGGCCAUUGAAUCCAAUGCGAAAAGGGGAGGCGCUGGGUUUAUUGCGCUUUCCUACAACGACCCACACAGGGCACCUGUCGUUAUCGGCGCAGGGCACUAGAAAGUGCGGGCGCUUCUAUCCAGUCACCUAAGUGACCACCGGUGCUCAUUGUUCUUACUAGUGCUGUGAAGUACCUGUUCAUUGUAGUACUGUGCAGUCAGACACUGCCUUUAUAAGCUGCCACUGUGUCAGCUUGUAAGUCUGGGCUAGAGGUCCAGCUCACCAUGCCAAAUUGGCCGGAGAUUCCUGGCGGGCGAAUUGUAUGAAGACGGCUCUCUAGAAACAAUUCGUGCGACUGCGGCGCAGUAUCAGUAUGGGCGCAGCGCCACACUCAGGCCGCCUAAACAUUCCAGGAAUCUGAAAGAAAUAGCCAAGUUAGGGCGUGUGAAAAUUUUGUAUUAUUUGACGAGCCCACUGGAUCUGGCGCGUAAACCGGAACCAUUUGUCCGAUGGAUAUGUAAAUGUGCCCGGAAAUAAUGUAAUUCAUACAAACUGCAAAAGGGGUGUGGGUAGGAUUCUGUUUUAGUCAUAAUUGUACAUUGAUAUGACAUUCCUAGUUAGUAGGUUGGUCAGCGCCGGACGCCGCUAAGUGGCAUUCAGUGAAUCUCAGUUGUUGUGGCUGAGUGGGCACUCUUUUAUGCUUAAGUGGAAAGUUAGAGUCACGCGUCCGUGCCUCUUCUUUAUUUCUAGCUUUGUGGCAGCCCCACAAAUGUUGCUGCAUUCUCUGUGUGCAUGAAAGGCUUCUAUACUAGCAAAUGCAUUGUGGAAGACACUGUGGAAGACUGUGUACACAUUAUGUCGGAUGAGGAGUAAAUACCGAGAGUUAUGAUAGCGUUUCCUGACACCAGAAUGGUUUUUGCAAGGGAGACGAGUUUGUAGUUGUACCGAACAAUUUUGAGGGCCGUGCGAUUACACUCGCUUAGUGCCUGCCUAUUGGGAAAUGAUGCGAUAUGGCAACAUGAAACGACAUGGCGUAUAGUUAGCGGCAAGUUCACACGUUAUCUUCAACGCUAUAGUGUAUGUUGAGCUCGUGGAAACGAUAGCACAGUAGUAGUGUCAAUUUAUGUCAGCCAACCGUGAAGCUCGCUACAAAGAACACGGCCAUUUCGUACGCCUGGCUUGAAUGUAAGCUUCGUAUUCAGUGCGAAAAAGUUUAGGCUUUGGGUAUAUACGACAGUGGAAUGUCACUAAGGUUCAACUGAGCUGCAUCGCAAGAUUUCCCUCGGCAUCACUGCCUGGAUGAUAAAGGAACGAUAAAGAGAAACUUGUGUUUGUAGCCUCGGCAAAAUAGAAAGUCUCAAAUUGCGCGCGUCUGGGAAUAGUCGCAGUGAACUACAACAAUACUAUUUGAAUUCUUGAAGUUUUUUAACGUAUGUACCUAAGCAUGUUGUACCGUCCAGCCUUUUACAUUACUGCACGCGGUCCUAUGGCUGUUGUGUAAGCAGCCGUCAUAUUGGACAUGACAAUCUUAGCUGAUGCAGUCAGCCAGGUUGACUGUUGUGUGUGCGUAUUUGUGUGUGACUGUUGAACUGACUGUCUGUUUAGGAGUGUUAAUUAUGCCACAAGCUGCGCAGGCUAUUGUUGUUUAUCAGGCUCUAAGUGUGCUUCAUUUAGCCAGAAAUUCUUUGGAGAUCGCAUUUGGGGAUGCGGACAUCUUCAGUGCGUUAGGCCAUAGUCAAGAAGGCUGAAUUUGUAGUAACCGGCAAUCGAGUACCGUUCCGCACAGGUUCUCGCCUGUUAAGCUGGAAUGGAAAAGAGGUCGUUGUUAGACACAUGCACUAGAAGCAACCUUGACGUAACUUGUUUACAACGCAAGAGUUGCCUUUAGAAACCUGAUCUUUCAGCGUAAUAACUUAUUUAUUGCUUCAGAUGCGCGAGCCACUGAAACAUUCUAAAUUCGUAUUCAAAUCUAACACGCCUAUAUUGCCAUGCUAUAGCGAGUGCGGGAUCUUCCUCAUAAAUUUGUUCCCGUUUACCUAACCAUAUUGCGUAACACACAUGCCCUUACGAAAGCAUACUAAUUAGACAUUCUUUCCAAGUGUCACGAAGGUAAGAAAGGCAUCCUUGCUUGGCGUAAAGAAUAAAGCAACUUGACUUACUAUUACAACCGUAUUGCUAGUUUUCCACUAUGUCCACAGCGGUAUAUGUGUGACCCCGCUAUUUGUUGGUGCGGCGGUUCGCUUGGAGCAGGUUUCACAAAGCGAUCCGUUCACGCGCCAUUAGACGUAUGGACUUCCAGAGUCCUGUUUAUAGUAACCUCAUAUCGCUACUUGUUUGCUACAAAUGAAUUUUUUUCGUAAGAAUUUUCAUCUAUAAGCUGACAGGAUAGAGGAAAGGCCCGUGCUAAAUCUUGAAAAGCAUCAGUUGUGUGUAAAGUGACAAAAGAAAAUUAAAAAUUCACUGUAUGCUUUUACUAUAUGAAGUUCAAAACCAUGGUGUGCCGCUCCAAUACUGUGAAUGUUAGAGAUAAUGUUAAAGAAAUAAAAAAGCGGGUUGCUGUUUGCGUGAGUGCGUCACCGUUUACACACAAAAUAAUUUGCGUGCAUUGCCGGAUGUAUUUAUUUUAUACUGACCUUCGCUCUGUACAAGCGUCACCCUGUGCGUUGUCAUUUGUAGUUUUACGGUAAUAAACUUCUUUUUCACGUCA